GCCGGCGUUCCUUUGAAUUUCUAUUUCCUGAAUGAACUCCAACACCCACCGCUGCGUCUCCGUUGUGACCGACUCGAUAGUUCCCGCGCUAGUUAGCCGCGGCAACCGCAUCCAUCAGAUCCUUCGCCUUCUUCACCGCCCAAGCCUAGGACACAUCAACCAUCCAGCAGCUCCCUCACGUGUCCUCUUACCCCUCGCAGUGAAAAUUGAGCGCAUUCUCAGCCACACGUGCCCCCUCGAUGACACCGUCGAUAUCAAUGCCUUGGAACUUCGGGUGCGCCGAAUCAUCAAGAGCAUCCUAAGUAAGCGGGCACGUUCAAUCAAUUCGACUCGUACUACUAUUCCGACGAUCCCAUCCAAGUUUUCCAUUCAGAGCAUGCUGGCCGACUGAUGACAUUGCCAUGUUGUUUGUGGAGUUUAUGAGUCCAGUAUUAGUAUUGUACAUGCAACGUUUUGUCCGUUUUGAGUGUCUAUGUUCGUACAAGGGCUACGGAAUACUAGUAUGUAGGACCAGUAAACCUCACGAGACUCUUCAAGGCCGGCGCAACCAUAUACGAACAUGAUCUUCGUUUGGUUGUCAAGUGUACCUACUACUGCACAUGUUAUUACUGGUAUUAAUAGUAGUAACAUUAGCAGGGGAUGCUCUUUUUACAAAUAAUAGCGUUACUCAUACUGUAA